AUGUCUAUGCCUAUGCAGCCUCUACGGAUGGAAGCUAGUCUGAACUUGAAUCCUGUGGGGCCAAGAUUGCUGUCAGACAAAGACGAUCCGGAAGUGCAAUCCUCGGCCAGCGAGACAAAAAGGGCACGACCGCAAACAGGUGAUGAUGGAGAACCGACGAUUCAAGUCACCUUGGUGGCUGACUACAACGCCGUCUUCCAGCGCCUCCAGACGGGCUCGCAGGUGGACGAUGCUUUGGACGCCUUGGAGGUGAUUGCACCGAAAUGUCCGGAUAAGUCGCUACCGGCUCUGGCAAAAUAUCUGCGGAGUGAGACUGAGCGCUACCGAGAGAAGUCACUGAAGGUCGUGAAGGGCGCGUUCCAGGAAGGCGACCUGUCAGUGGCUGAAGCAUUGGCGCAGCACUUUCAGAAUUUCUACAAGAACGAGUCGGAGGAGGCUUUGGAGGCGCUGGAGCACUUGGGGCCCGCGAAUCGCCGGGCCAUGAAGUGCAUCAUCACGGGCAUGAACUGCGUACGAAGGGAAGUGAGGGCAUAUGUACCUCGACGGAAAAUCAAACGGGUCAAGCCGCAGGUGAAAUACGACGACACAGAUGACAGUCAUGCCUUUCGUGAGUUGUGCCUGGACAUCUUCAAACAGGUGGAGCCAGAACUCGACACCAAUGAGGUCAUUGACGAUGUCAUGGAAGCCGCCGUGGAGGGCACCAAGAUCAAGUUUGGAACCCGCGGUGCCCCCGAGGGCAUGCAGAAAGAAGUGCUGGACGCAUUAGCAAUAGUUGCCCCGCGCAACUAUGACUAUGCUCUGUCUCUGGUCUUGAACAGGAUCAAUCCUUCUGAGGGGCAGCCGCAGAAGCUCUUAGUGUCCAGCGCCACAAAAGCCGCCAGCAGCUUCGCGCAGAAGGAAGAUCCAAAGCUGCUGGAAGCAUUGGCAGCCUGCGCCCAAAAUCCGGAGAUAGAAUGGGAGAUGCCUCAUUUGAUCGUCGUGGCCGAAAGCUACCAGCAGAUCUCCGCCUCCACUUCUCCCUUCAUCGAAACGAUCUUGCAACUCUUGGGCCAGGAGCCGAGUGAGGAGGCGAUUGCCAUCGAUCUGUUGGCCAAGUUGGCGCCAAAAGACCAUGAGGAAGUGAUCAAGCGAAUGCAAAGGUACCUUAGAGAGGCUCAUGAGAAGAUCCAUUACGAUGGCCCUGCGGUGGUGAGAGCAGCGGUGCAGUGCUUGGAACAAGUCGCCUCGGAUCAGUCGCUUGUGGAGAAGGCCUACGAAAGACUCAUCAACGUGCUGAUCCACCGUUGCUGCGGUUCUAUUGCAGCCAACGGCAUGGACUAUGGUUGGGUCAAGCGAGGCCGGAGACCGUCAAAAACACACAUGUUCUUGAUGGAGGUAGCAGAGAAACGAGGAGGUGUCAAGAACAUCCAGCUGUGGAACAUCGCUUCUGGCUUCAGCAGCACUAUCACGGAUGUCCGAUUUGAGUCUCUCAGGAUCUUCAAAAAGAUUUCGAAGUCGCCAGAGGCGCAGCCGGUCUUUGUUGCGUUCAAAGUUCUGGAUGACAAUUUCAGUGCUUUUGCCUGCUGCGCAGCCAUUGAUGCGCUUCUGCACACAGCUCCUCCCAAUCAACCAGAGGUGACGGACAGGCUUCUACUCCUCCUACAGAGCCCAGAAUGCGCAGUGAAAACUGCUGCCUUGGAAGCCUUGGCGAAAUACACCUCGCCUAAGACGUCUUUCAAAGAUCCUGCAGUGAAGUGUUUGGGCGACGCAGAUCCCUUUGUACGUCGAGCUGCAUUAAAGCGCUUGAUCGAGCUGGAGUUGCUGCAAAACGAAGACGUGGAUGGAAUCAUUUCGCAAUGCCUGGCUGAUUCCUCCUCAGAUGUGGUGAAGUUGACCUUGGAAAGCUUCCCAGGGAUGCAGUUGUCUAAGGAGGUGCUGGGGAAGGCUGCAGAGUUCAUGGAUCACGCAGAUCCGAUGCUUCGUUUGGAGGCCAAAAAGCUUUGCUCGGACUACGGCGUUGCGAAUGCUUUCAAGCCGCACCAUGUGUGGCCAGAGACAGACAAAGAUGUACGCGCUUGGGCCGGGAAUGCCUGA